ACUCCCGAGUGCUAAACUAAACCUGUCGCGUGGUUAUGGACUCUGCCGUCAGAGCCGUUCUCUGGAGAGCAUAAUCGUAUUAUGCUUAGAUUCUAAGCCUUUGGAGGUUCCGUGGCGGCUCCACUGUGUCUCCGAAUCUUCCCUACAAUCUAUACGGGUGUAGUACUACCCCUGUGCUACUGCGAAAUGGAGCGAGAAGAGUUUUUAUUUCGCGUUCUGCUCUUGUUCCAUUAACUUUCUGUCAACUUUAUUCAUACUUACCGGCCAUCAUGGUCAUUAUCACCGGUCUUCCGGAUUAUGACACUGAACGCCAAUCCAGCGUGGCGCCUGGAAUCCCUCCGUUCGCGGGUCGACUAGGAGGACAGCAGGAAUAUCCUGAUCGCAAUGAUCCGCGAAAUACAAAACUGCUCAAGGAAAUCCCCGAUGCAGCACCUCGCAUGCAUCUAUCCGAGGUUUUUGACCUCCGGGGAUUUCUCAGUUUAGAUCUAUGGAAGUUUGCUCUCCUAGAGUGUGUUGGAAGCAUGAUGUGCACCUUCAUGACCGCCUGGGUAACCCUCCACGCGCCCUCCAAAACCGAAUCCCCCCAAACCCAAGCCGGCAUCUACGACACCCUCACCUUCUUCUCCCCCCUCUUCGGAGGAAUAACCAACGUCCUCCUCAUCCCCCUCCUAAUCUACACCUUCUCGCCCUCCAGCGGCGGCCACAUAAGCCCCACAAUAACCCUCGCCACUUUCUUCGCGCGCAUGAUCUCCUUCCCACGCAUGGUGCUGUAUCUCGGCGGACAGACCUUCGGCGGCGCACUGGCUGGUUUCGCAAUGCGCACUGCGUACGGGAGUCGCGAGUUUACGGUCGGCGGGUGCUAUGUUGAUACGGAGAUGGUUCCUGUGAAGGAUGCGCUGGUGAUUGAGUUUAUGAGUUGUUUGGUGUUGGUUUAUGUGGCGUUUGGGGUUGCGUUGGAUCCGAGGCAGGCUAGUCUUUUUGGGCAUGCGGCGUCGCCGUGGUUGGUGGGGCUUGUGUUGGGGAUUGUUAGUUGGGGGUCUGCGUUUACGAGGGAGGGGUAUAUUGGUGCUAGUGUCAAUCCCGCACGGUGUUUUGGGGUUUACGUUGCGUCGUCGUUUCCGGGGUAUCAUUGGAUUCAUUGGGUCGGACCACUCGCUGCUUCCAUUGGCCAUGGAUUAAUUUACUAUCUUGAUCCGCUCUGGGUUGAUCCCAGGCCGAAGAAUGCAUAGUUGAACAGUUGUAUAUAUAAUGGAAUACAUGCAUCAGAAGAAACUCGUCUUUGUUUCCACUUGUCGAUCUCCGAUGGAGAAAUAAACCAACUAUGGAGUUACGGUAAAGACACUGGCGGUUUCA